AUGUUUUCCGGAACACCCAGUGGUGAUAUAGCUCCUUACGUCGUCUAUAAAUCUGAAAAUAUGUGGACACAAUGGUGUGAUGGAGUUCCAGAAGGUGCGCGUUAUAAUCGAACUAAAAGUGGCUGGUUCGACUCUGCCAUGUUCAUGGAUUGGUUCACAACAAUAGUAAUACCGUGGGCUCAACGUCUAGAAGGACCAAAGCUGGUUAUAGGAGACAAUCUUUCAAGCCACAUUAACGUAGAUGUGGUAGAACUUUGCGAGCGUCACAAUAUUAGAUUCGUGUUACUACCACUCAAUUCUACGCACUUAACUCAGCCUCUGGAUGUUGCAUUUUUUGCUCCACUUAAACGAACGUGGAGAAAAAUUCUUUUUAAAUAUAAAAUAGAAAACCCAAAGCAGACGUCUCUCAAUAAAAUGCACUUUCCUUUACUUUUGAAGCAAUUAAUUGAAGUAAACUUAAAUAAAGCUUAUAACUUGAUCAGUGGAUUUAGAGCAACGGGCAUAUUUCCGUAUAAUCCACAGAAAGUAUAUUCAAAAAUUCCGGAAUACUGUGAAGAGAUUACUUAUGACGUAGAUAAAUCUUUACUGGACUAUCUAAAAGAGAAUCUGAAUCAAAACCCAAUUAGGCGAAAUAUAAAUAAAAAAAUUAAUGUCGCAGAUGAAAAAAUCUGUCACAAGCUUGGAUAUGACUAA